GUCUUCCAGCCAGUAGGCAGAGACGUGCAUCCUUUGGGUUGGAAUUGGAACCAUAGACCGUAUAUAAUUGGAACUGACAGAGCUGAGGAGGAGGGAAAAAUCAAAAUGGCGAUGCACAGACCUGGAAGAUCAGCUAACGUCAGUGUACUGUCAUCUGUUACUUUCCAGUUGCUGCUGAAAGUGACAGCAGUCUACUUUGUCUUCUAUUUCCUGUUCCCUCUCGGCUUGAUCAUCAAAAAGAGCCUGGUGCUGCCUUAUCCUGUUGAUGCUCUGGUCUGUGAUGUCGGUCUGCUGUUGCUCCUGGCUGUUCUGGAUUUCCUCCAUUUUUUCUGUGGUGUGAAGGGCAACCUGACGGAGAGUGAGCACUAUAUCCUGGCUAACCUCAUUGUGACAGGGACAACUAUACUGCUGACAAUCUACUUCCUAGUGUGGCAGACGUACGUGAUGAGGGCAGACGUAAUCAUUAGCAGUGUCUUACUCGUUGCCUACGGCUUAGAUGGAGUCCUGGCUCUCAGCACUCUAGCCCGAUUGGCCAGUGUCUAUUCAUGAAGACGCCUUCUCUUCACCUUCAUGUUGUUUGUUAUAGCUGAACUCACAGCCCGUCUGCACUUCUUUGCUACGACAAGAAAUCAAAGUAACUUUCUCUAUAAGACAGUACAAUAUUUAUAAGGGAAAGAAAGUUUUUGAACUGUUAUUUUUAUAACUGAAUUUGUAGAAUACUAUGUACCUGUUGAACUGUGCUAGCAGGAUCUCUCAGGGAUUUCACUUUGGUCCAGUCAGGCCUGUUUGCCAUAGCGACAUAGAAACAGAUUUAUCUUUUAUUUCCCUAUGCUCUUUUUUACAUGUUGUAAAAUGUUU